AAUAUAAUUGAUACUAUACUUUUGUUACUGAAACAAUCUAAGACGAGUGGUUUGGUAAGCUUGCUUAAAUUAUGCAAAAUGUUCUGUAUUAAUGUUAAACAUGUUUAGUAACUGGUGAAGAGGUCAGUGGCAUUAGUUAUUCAAAGAUCAGGAGCUUAUCUGCUUUAAUUUAUGUCUGUUUACAUGCUAUAAUACUGCAACACUAACAGCAGAGAGCAUAAGAUGCUGUGCAAAUCAGACUGGACUUUAGAAUCACCCAGACUCUUAUUUUGUGAUUAUCUGGAUUACCAAAAGGCAGGAAAGUGUGCUGAAGGUGCCUGUUUCCAUUCAUGGAUAAUGUGAAGAAGUACUCCAGUGCUUGGUCUGUGAAAAACUGGACAGAAUUUUUUCAAGGUGUUUAGCUGCCAAAACCGUACUUAAGUGCUCGGAUGAGUAAACCUUAAUGAUGUCAGCAAUUCUGAAACAUAAAAAAAAAAAAUUUCUUAAGAAAAAAAACGUCUAUUACACAUAAUAUCAAUUCAGAUUGAAAAUGUUUUCAGAAACCACCUAGGUUUUUUAAUCAUAAGAGGGCAGGACGAUACAAUAUUUAAACAGACUUUGUGUUUACUUUUCUACAAUAAAAUAAAUUACACAAGUGUGUUGAAAAAGUAUAUUGUUUGUCUCAACGAUUAAAUUAAAAUAAGCAAAAAACCUGUUUAAAGGGAUAAAAGUGCACAUCUCAACAUCUGAAAUAUUUAUGAUUUUUCUCUGUUUACUGUAGCAUGUUCAACACAAAUUCUUCUUUAAAACCUGUUUUAGGUUCUGACAGUGUGCAAGCUUUCCGUAUUUAACCAGAAUUUCACCUUUUAGGUAUCACAAACAACAUAAACUUUUUUGUGUGUGAGCAUUUGUUGUGUGAAAGCAAUCCGGUGAGUUUAUUGUCCUCAUGCUAAUUUAAGACGGAUCAUUGAUCACAGUAAAACACCCGCUCUGGUACCUUAUUAAUCACUUCGAGCAGAAUGCUAAGUCCCCCGCUCAUUUUGCGUGGGUCAGGACGUCAUUGCCUUAUGUUGGAAGGGUUACCAGUUGUUAUAAAAGGUUGUUCGGUCGUGGAAGAGACGAUUGAAUUUAUUUGAAGCGUUACAGUAAGUCUUCAUAUUGCACCGAGAUUACAGAUACAGUACCACCAUGGACAGCUCCCGUAUCUGUCUUCUCACUUUGUUCAGUGCUGCUCUCUUCUUCAGUACUAACAGCCAGGAGACGGAACUGGAGUCCAGGUCUUUAGAUCAUUAUUCCACUAAAGAAGACGCCUCAAACGAAAAGCAAUUGAUUGAAGCUCUACAAGAAGUUCUUGAAAAACUGAAAAACAAAGGAAUGCCUUUUUACGGGAAAAAAUAUGGACAAUUACCUAUGUGUGAGGCUGGGGAGCAGUGCGCUCUGAGGAAAGGCGCAAGGAUCGGGAAGCUCUGUGACUGUCCGAGAGCCACGUCCUGCAACUCUUUUCUGCUCAAGUGCUUGUAACGUUGUUACAUUGAGCUAAGUAACGUUGCCAUCUGUUACUUGACUCUUUUAACACUUCACUGGUGUAAAGCGCGGAAGAGUCCUAGAGCCCCCCCCAGAAAGCGGUAGUCUUUGAAUCCUGAAAUUUCACCUGAACCUUAUUUAUACAAAUAAUUUUGUAUUUGGAACAAUUCUCUACUGAAUCCUGUUAAUUAUCUUGUUUUCAAGAAGUUUCUAGAUGUAUUGUUGUAAACACAUGCAUAGUAGGAAUAUUACGGGUUUUGAAAAAAAUCAUCGUAUCCGGUAGCGUGUUUAAGGACUUUUUUUUUAAAGAAGGCGUUAAAAACAAAUACAGUGACAUAUUCAAAACUCCGUAGAAUAAGGUACAGUAGAUCUGCAUAGCAUGCAGAGUUGUCACCAAACUUAAGGAUACAUCCUAUUCACUUCUUUAGCAAUUGUAACUAUAAAAUAUAGUGUACUGUAUAAGGACAAGCCAUAACCUAACCUUGCUAAGGUGAUCAAUACGAUCCCAUCCUUCUCAUUAUUUAGCCUCGAAUGACGGCAUUCCCAGAACCAGCAGUUCAAUUUAUUAUUUUCUCCUGCCCUAAGGCUCUUUCGUUCUGUAAAAGAGGGGUGAGCACAAACAAUAUUUAAAAUCGUUGUACAUUUAUGUAUCGUUAUGGCAGUUUUUCUUUGCAGUUACUACAAUUGACGAUGCUUAAAAGAAAUGUUUGAAAAGCAAUUACUUGUAUUUUUAAAAUGUAUUUUUGUAUUUCGCUUGUGACGCAGCAAAUAAAUGGAAAUCAAAUGCAUUGUUUUGCCCCUUAAUUUAAAGACGG